CAAAAGUGCAAUAGACAGUUCAACAGUGCUCACUUGAACGUCUGCAAGUCAACAUCAAAUUUCUUACUAAUCUGCAGUCUUCGUAGUGAAGCACGUACAUAUGUAAUUUGUCGUACCAAACUACUGGGCAUUUUUAAUGGAAAAUUGAUCUACCACUAAAUCAACAACAGCACAAAAUUCCCUUCUAAACAAUUGUCUCGUUUACCUGGCUCAAAAAGAGUUAUUCUCACAUUCCCAGGCCAGAAUUGUCCCUGGUCGUUCACUUGCUUUGAAGUUGCAUGCACAUACAUCACUGAAUUGCUGUUGGUGGAAUAUAAAGUAGUUUCGUCCCAAAUCUGCUAAAUUUUAAAGUCCGCAUCCUUUUCAGUACCUCUCCGGAAUUGUAGUCAUCAAGAUGAGUUCCAUGAGUUUGUUAAAUCUCACUCUCCUCGUUGUUCUCAUCGUGGGAGUCACCGUUGUGCCAAGCCUGUCGGUAUCCGUGGAACAAGAUUUGGCGUUGACGUUGGAGGAGAAAACAGCUUUGGACGAGUUUAAAAAAUUAAUAAACGGCAGUCUUCCACUCGACUACAUGAAUCAAGACAUUUAUCUAAUUAGGUGGCUGAGGGCCAAAAGUUUGGAUAUUCCUGGAGCCAACUCAUUGUUACGAGGUCAUUUAAAAUGGAGAGCCGACAAUCACAUGGACACGAUUCUCCUUGAAGACUUUGCAGCGUUCAAUGAGAGCUAUCCAAUUUACGAGGGCGAGGACUACGAGGGCAGACCAGUGCUGGCUGGCGACGCUGGGGAAUGGGACGUCAGAAGGGGGAUCGUAACAGGUCAACAGGGAAAAGGAGAGCGUUUUGUGUACCGAGAAAUUGAGCGGGCUUGCCAGAAAGUUCGAGAGAAGCAAGGUCGUGGCGAAAAUGUGACCAGGUUCCAAGCCAUCUUUGACCUCAAAGGCUUCAACCUCGCUCAACACGGAUGCAUUCAAUGUGUGUCCAUGUACGUCAACAUUCUCCUCUCCUUCCAAGACCAUUAUCCAUUCAUGGCGGAUAAUGUUAUCAUCGUGAACGCUCCGCCAUUUUUUCGGGUUGUUUUGGACAUUCUACGACCCUUCGCUCAGCCACCGCUUCGAGGUCUCGUCAAACGCUUUGGGACCAACAAAGAAGAAUGGAGAAAAUACUUGCUCAACAUCAUCCCUCCGAAUCAACUCCCCGUCUCACUGGGUGGAACACGGGAGUAAUUUGCAUAUGCAUUAUUUAUUGGACGCGUGAGGAAUGACUAAGAUGGGGUCGUAAUUUCGUCAGCGAUACAUUGCCAUUGUCUGCAACUCUUGUUUUCUAACUAUUUAUUAAAAUGUACACGGACUUUAGGAAUUAAUUUGGAGGAUGCACCUCUUCCAGUGCUUGAGUGCACAAUUUACAAAUGUCGAAUGUGUUGCAAUGCCAAAUAAAUCAAUAGAAAUUAUCCGUCUAA